GUGCUGAUAUGUGGUGCUAAUGAAUGACAGAAUUGCUGCGGUGUCGUUGAAGCUGCAUCACCCCCAAAGCCAUGCCACCAACCGGUAUGAAACAAAAGGAUGACAACCCUAAGAAGAGGGAUCGUUACGACUGGAACACGAGCUGGAGCAGCAGCCUGAAACAGAUCAGCUGUCUGUUGCCUGUUACUGAGACAGAAAGAGGCAGAGCUCUCACUAAGAAGGACACGUUGAUCCACAUGCUACGAUACUUUAAUUUUCUUCAGACUCAUAUUCGGAGAUUACAGAGCAGCCUCCCCUCACACUGUCUGCCUCUCGUUAACAAUAACGAGAAAGAGUCCGAGUCCGAGAGUGAAGACGUGCCUCCUCCCGAGCCCAGUACACCUCCACACACACUGAAGGCCAAGCGCAAGUACAUCUGUGGGCGCUCUCGCAAGAAAGGCAGCCUGAAUCCAGAGUUGUUUAAUGACAAACAUCCUCAUGAAGAAGAGGCAGAUAAACGUGUCACGACAAACUCAGAGCAUCUAACUACGCGGCCCGAUGAUAAAAUCCUGUCGUAUGUCGAUACCGAUUCACUUCCGAGCUCUGACGAUCCCAGCUACAGCUGCGGUGCACUAAUGCCAGUGACGCCCUCCUCCAAAACAGACAGCAGUGCUGAUCAGGAAUCACUUUGCCAAGGACUCGGAAGCCAGUGCUCCGUCUGCGAGGAGCUGACAGGAGACGAGGAGGGGAGCCAGAGCAGCAAGGACCUUGGCUCAUCACCUUUAGGAUCAUUUCUUUUGAAAGACCGGAUGCUCGGAGUCGGAGAUCUCCCUCCUCUGGUGAAAAAGCAGUUCCCUGACAGUCCAACACUCCCACAUACUCCUGUUCUGCCUUUUCUUCCCCUGCUGGGAGUCAGGGACGGCCUCAACCUCAGCCCGUCUCUCCUCACGUCACCCGCGCGAGGCCUUAGUCACCACCUCCUACCCGAGGGGCGGGAGGAACUGCAGACGCUGUUUGAAGACGUUUGGGUGACCCCGAAACCCGCCGUCCCCAAAGUAACCCCGACUCCACACGACUCGUACCACGGGGCGUGUGGCUCCUCUCAGAGCGAGGAGGACGACGGAGGUUCAGACGAUGUCAGCUGGACCCCGAAACUGCAUCUCACCAUCAAGAAGGUGAGCAGAGGUCAGCGCAAGAGGGCGUCCAGCAGAAGCCAGGCUGCUUCUGACCCCAGCCUGAAGAGGAAAUGUGUGAACGGAUUCAUCAUGUUCUGCCGCAUGAACAGGAGGCUGUAUCUCAGAACCCAUCCUGGUACUCCUUCUACUGUGGUGACCAAGGAGCUGGCCAAGCUGUGGCACAUCAUGCCCAAGCAGGAGAGACGUGUGUACUGCCUGAAGGCGAGACAUUACAGCCGCCAGCACAACCGCAACGUACGAAGCGAAGACCGGGACGCAGACGAGGACGCGGAGCACUGCAUCCCCAGCCCUCUGCACACGCUGCUGGCACACCGGGAUUUAUGGGUCGCCUCAGUUAUAAGCCCUGGGAAAUAGUUUCAAGCUUCUUGAUGACCGUGAGGGUCACUCUGUUUUAAAGGGCAGUUGUAGCCUAGUGGUUAAGGUACUGGACUAGCACAGCACUGCCAGGUUGCAACUGUUGGGCCCUUGAGCAAGGCCCUUAACCUUCAAAUGAUUAGGCAGUAUGAUGUCAUCGUACUCUGAGUCGCUUUGGCGUAAAAGCGUCUGCUAAAUGCCGAAAAUGUUAAUGCAGUUUGUUUUUGAGAUGGGAUGUCCUGCAACCUGAUGGUCAGGUGUCCAAAUACUUUUACUUAUAGUAUAUGUGGUAUGAAUAAUACUAUUUGAAAGACGUUUUAAAACAGAUGUAUUUAUACAGAACUGUGGCUUGUUAUUAUUGUAAGUUGAUUUUAUUGUGAAGUUCAUUUGUUUGUACUUUCUUUAACCUUAAUUAAACUUUAAACCUUUUAA